AUCCAACGCACAGCCAAAACAGCAAGCAGAGCAGAGCAGGGAUCCAAGAUGCGCUCCUCCGUCGUCGUUGCCGCCGCCGUCGUGCUGCUCCUCGCGGCCCACGCCGUGUCCGCCGCCACGAAGAAGAAGGACUGCAACGCCGGCGACAAGGCGGCGCUGCUCGCCAUCAAGUCGGCCCUCGGCGACCCCUACCACUUCGCCUCCUGGACGCCCGACAACCCCUGCUGCGACUGGUACGACGUCGACUGCGACGACUCCACCGGCCGCGUCGUCGGCCUCUCCGUCUUCCAGGACGCCAACCUCACCGGCACCAUCCCCGACGCCGUCGCCAACCUCACCCGCCUCCGCACCCUCGUCUGGCACCACCUCCCCAACCUCUCCGGCCCCAUCCCGCCGGCGCUCGCCAAGCUCUCCAGGCUGUCCAUGCUCAUCAUCUCCUGGACGGCCGUCUCCGGCCCCGUCCCCUCCUUCCUCGGCGCGCUCAAGAGCCUCACCCUGCUCGACCUCUCCUUCAACUCCCUCACCGGCGCCAUCCCGCCGUCGCUCGCCGCGCUCCCCUACCUGUCCAGCGUCGACAUCAGCCGCAACCGCCUGAGCGGCACCCUGCCGCCGGCGCUCUUCAGCAAGCUCAACGGCAGCCAGGGAGCCUACCUGCGGCUGUCGCGGAACAACCUGACCGGCGGCAUCCCGGGCGAGUACGGCGGCGUGAGGUUCGAGCAGAUGGACCUGUCGCGCAACGCGCUGAGCUUCAACAUGACCGGGCUGCGGCUGCGGGAAGGGGAGGGAUGGCUGUCGCUGGAGCUGAGCCACAACAUGAUGUACGGGAGCGUGCCGGCGCAGGUCGCCGGGAUGGCCAACCUGCACUACCUCAACGUGAGCUACAACCGCCUCUGCGGCGAGCUGCCCGCCGGCGCGGCGAGGUUCGACCAGUACUCCUUCCUCCACAACAAGUGCCUCUGCGGACCGCCGCUUCUCGCUGCCUGCAACUGAAACAUAUAUAUGUUCCAUGCAUAUUUCGAUCGAACGGAUGAAUGAAUAAAGUCGGGUUCUUCAAUUGUAAUCUGUGUGCUAAGCUGCAUUUUGCUAGCUAGCUCCUGUAAAAGCAGAGGAAGAACAGAGAUGAUGAGGAUGCGCUUCUGAGUGAGUGAAUUUUAGCGCCUACGCCCAAUACUCCCCGAAUAAACUUCAUUUUAGCCUACAUCACAUAUAUCAAUAAAUA